CAAUGAACUCUUGGACUCUGGAUCCAUCUUCGAUCUCUGUCGGCACUCGUACAUAUCGUCGCCCUCUUGGAAACACGGAGAUAGGGUUUCAUUGGGAUGCAGCCUUCAAUGGCACGGCCGACAGUGCUACACGCCUCCACAUACGUUCCCUAAGUCUCCAUGAUAAAGACAUUUUCGCUCGGGAUAACUUUGUCAGGGCUUGGAUCUCGCUCAAGAAACGUUUUCCGCUAUUAGUCGCUCGCAUUGAGUCGUCCGACUCGGGCGCCAACUUCGUCGUCUUGGAGAGGCGGACUGAAGCCCUGAUGGACCCGGAUGAAUUGACGUUUGGUGAGGUUUCCUCAGAAGAAGAAACUGAAAAAUUUGCCAACGACCUCAUGAACGGCGCGCGUCCACUGUCUGAGGAAUUGCUUGCCCGCGUCUAUGUCCUCAGGCGGACGGAUUGCACAGAUCAAUACCACAUCAUUUUCCUCGUUGCUCAUUGCAUCACCGAUGGCGCGGCAAACCACUGCCUUGCGAGGACUUUCCUCGACACUCUUUCAAGGUCUGAAGAUUUGGACUUUGACCCAUUGGAGGAAAGGCUAGCCAUGGUACCCUCCGCGGAAGAACUGCAGCCCAACCAACGUAUGACGUCUGCGAAACGCAGGUGGAGGCUAGCGAUUGGACAUGCGAUUUCCACUGUGCGUACAGCAAAGAUUCAGGGAGGACAUGCCUUGCCUCGAAAAUUUACGACCGCUACCCAUCGGACCCCGGCUCAUUCACGCGUCCUUGCAACGUCCUUCUCUCAAGAGUUGUCAUUGGCCGUGUUGGCAACUUGCCGUGCAGAAAACAUAACGUUUGGCAAUGCAUUACUGGUACUCAGCCAGGUUGCGAUGACGCGCAUUCUAUAUCGGCGUUAUCUUCGAGGAGACAUCAGUGAUGAAGAAUGGGAAUACAGAAAGAUACAGCCAAUGCACUACGGAGGACCGAUGAAUUUACGGCCGUUUCUCGAUUCCAACUGGUACGGUCAAGGCGGAGGUGCAGAGGUGUUCCUAGCCAUCACUUUUUUCUUCUACACUCUCCCUUGUAUGGCUCUUGGGAUGUUCUCUCGCACUCGGCCGACCCGACGUGAUCUAUCAAAUGGGGCUCCUCACUUCAGCUCCCUGUUAUCAUAUCCUCGUUUCAUCCAUCGUUCGCGGCUAGUGAAACAGCAGGCGAAAAAAUUCCUGAGCAACCCAUGCUUUGUCGAGGUUGCUAUGGCAGCGCAUGAAGCAAGAAAUGAACGAACGAGGGUUGGGGCGCUUGAAUGGGCGAGCAAAACACUUGUGCCCAGUCAUAGCGAGGAGAUUGCUCCCAUGAACAUGCAAGGCCCCGUCUUUUCUAGCGGCGGAUCCAGCAUGGGUAAUGUUGAUGCCAUAUCACCCCUCGUAUACCCAUUGCCAGUUAGUCAUUCUUUAUCGUUGCGCUCUGACGUCGUCAAUUCGUCCCGGGCGGGAAAGCGUCCUCAGCAUGGUAAUCAAAGACACCAGCAGUUAGCCCCGAGGCUGUCGCUUGAAUCUUCUACUACGCAUCUUCAUUGCCGCCCGUCAGAACUGUAUCUCGGUGCUGCCACUUCGCGACAGCAGUUACACAUAUCUGUAUUUUGGGAUGAAAAUGUCUACGACCAAUCCACGAUAGACGAGUGGCUCGAUGAAGUCAAGGAGGGCGUGUAUUGGUAUCUCGCCCGGCCAAAGCAAAUAGAGGCAGCAAAUAUAGCAAGACUAUAG